GGCCAUUGGGGUGGGCGGCGGCCCGCGGGACCGGGACAGGAAUGGCGGAGGCGGCGGCGGCAGAUAAUAUAAACGCUCUCCGGCAGUGCAGUGCUUUUCCUUCUGAUGGAUGAAGAGCCUUCCAGACCACAGCCCCAUGGCCAGCCCUGCAGUCAGCCCCAUGGCCAGUCCUGCAGUCAGCCCCAACUCCUCCUCUUCUGAUAACCUCAGUGCUGAUGAACUAGAGCUUCUGGCAAAGCUCGAGGAGCAGAACAGGUUGCUAGAGGCUGACAGCAAACUGCUGCGGUCUGUGAAUGGUUCCCGGAGGAACAGCGGAUCCUCACUGGUGUCCAGCUCCUCGGCUUCAAGUAACCUAAGCCAGUUAGAAGAGGACACGUGGAUCCUAUGGGGAAGGCUGAUCAACGAAUGGGAGGAAGUGCGUAAAAAGAAAGAGAAACUGCUGCGGGAGCUCAUUCGGAAAGGAAUCCCACAUCAUUUCCGGGGAAUUGUCUGGCAGUUGCUAUGCAAUGCUACAGACCUGCCAGUGAAGAAUCAGUACUCAGAGCUGCUGAAGAUGACUUCUCCGUGUGAGAAGCUGAUCCGGAGGGACAUUGCACGCACUUACCCUGAGCACGAUUUCUUUAAAGGACAGGACAGCCUAGGACAGGAGGUCUUAUUUAACGUCAUGAAGGCCUACUCUCUGGUUGAUCGUGAAGUGGGAUAUUGCCAAGGCAGUGCUUUUAUUGUGGGGCUCCUACUGAUGCAGAUGCCGGAGGAAGAGGCCUUUGUUGUGUUUGUCCGUUUGAUGCAGGAGUACAGACUGAGGGAGCUCUUCAAACCCAGCAUGGCAGAGCUGGGACUCUGUAUUUACCAGUUUGAAUACUUGAUACAGGAACAGUUGCCUGAACUGAAUGUGCACUUUCGGUCCCAGAGCUUCCACACCUCGAUGUACGCCUCCUCCUGGUUCCUGACUAUUUUUCUGACCACCUUUUCCCUGCCGCUCGCUACGAGAAUAGUUGACAUAUUUAUGUAUGAGGGUUUGGAAAUUGUAUUUCGUAUCGGAAUCUCUAUUCUUCAGUUCAACCAAGCGGAACUUGUACAACUUGACAUGGAGGGAAUGUCUCAGCACUUUCAGAAGGUGAUCCCGCAGCAAUUUGACAGCUGUCCUGACAAACUGAUCCUGAGAGCUUAUCAGGUCAAGUACAACCCGAAGAGAAUGAGGAAGCUUGAAAAGGAAUACACUACAAUCAAGAACAAGGAAAUGGAGGAACAGAUUGAAAUUAAGAGGCUGCGGACAGAAAAUCGCCUCCUGAAACAGCGGAUUGAAACCCUUGAGAAGGAAAGUGCUGCCCUGGCAGAUAGGUUGAUCCAGGGACAAGUGACGAGGGCCCAGGAGGCCGAGGACAACUAUGUCAUCAAACGGGAGUUGGCUGUCGCGAGGCAACAGUUCAACACGGCCAGCGAGAAACUAGAGGAGGCGCAGAACAGCAUCCAGGAGCUGCAGGCAAACAGGUGUGAUCAUCGCUGUACACAGGAAUUUGUGCUGCAGCUGAAGACAGAACUGGAACAGUCUCGACUCAAAGAGGCAGAAACACUGAUUGGGCUCAAAGCGAUGCAGGACAAAGUGUUGGAAAUAGAGAAGAAGAACAGCUCGCUGCCUGAUGAGAAUAACCUGGCUCAGCUACAGGAGGAGCUGAAAGGUAUGAACCUGCGGGAAUCAGAGGCCGUCAACUCUCUGAAAGAGCUGCACCAGCAGGUGAAGGACUUGGAUGAACACUGGCAGAAACACCUGGCAAGAACCGGGGGUCGGUGGAAGGAUUCUCCCAGGAAGAACAGCGCUGUGAACGAGCUACACGAUGAACUGAUGAGCGUCCGGCUUCGGGAAGCCCAGGCACAGGCCGAGAUGCGAGAGCUUAGACACCGUGUUCUGGAGCUGGACACUCAGAACCAGGUGAAGAGUAACCUGCUGACCAGGACGGAGCAGGCCUGCACAGGGCUACAGGACAAGCUACAGUACACCACAGCUCAGAACAAAGGGCUGCAGACGCAGCUGAGUGAGAUCAAACGCAAGCAAGCCGAGGUGGAGUGUAAGAACAAAGAGGAGAUCAUGGUGGUGCGGCUUCGAGAAGCAGACAGCAUGGCGGCCAUUGCUGAACUGCGCCAGCGAAUCGCUGAUCUGGAGAUCCAGAGAGAAGAGGGAAGGAUACAAGGGCAGCUGAAUAACUGCGACUCCAAUCAGUAUAUCCGUGAGCUGAAAGACCAGAUUGCAGAGCUAAAGGCUGAGAUCAGGCUUUUCAAAGGACAGCGACCCUUUGAGACCUCGAUGAGCUUCGACGGGAUCCACAUCGUGAACCACAUGGUUGAGGAUGACGAAUCCAUUCACUCGUCUGAUGAGGAUCUGUUGCCGAGCCCGAUGGUGGUGAGUGGGCUUCAGGAGACCCUGUACCCCCUCCAGCACGGCCACGCCAACUUCCUGCAGGGGAUGGAGAUGUCCGGGAAGGACAGUGAGGGAAACACGGACAGUGAUCCGGAAGAUCGGAAUUCUGCUCUGGAGCUGGAUGCCGAGUUGGCAAAUCAUAUCUUGUGCCACGACAGCCCAAACAAGGCCACCUCUCUCUCUACCACUGUGUAAUCCAGCUUUCUACUGCCUCACACACACGCGCGCACACACACACAGAGCGCCACACUCCAUAGUGACUGGCCCUCAUUCACGCUGCACAAUGAAGGGUCAUUUUAAACUCCAGUCAAAUUUGCCAAUAUAAGGGGUGCCUCUGUCAGGGGCAAAACUACUCGAAUAUGAGUUGAUCAGAAGACUUGUUGCCCAAGGUCUCACUGGCCGGUGUGGGCUUGUGAGGAAGGUAGGGAUAGGAUUGAGUUCGGUGAUUAGGAACUAUUUAGCGUUUUCUGUGGAGUUUGCCAAUAGGAUUUUCAGGAGUCUGAAAGCCUCGUCAGUGAGUGAAAUAUUUGUGCUGAAUAAGUGUUGUGUAAACUCCAGUCUUCCUUAACUCGUGCAUGUUCCACGUGGAGUGCCCCCUGAGUCGGGACAGAAUCUGCACUGAAUUACGUUAAUCACAUCCUCAUAAAGGAUGUGCGUUUCUCACCCCUUGUACAUGCACGAGCAGACGUGCACACACACACGCACACACAUAACCACGCACACACGCUGCAGUGUGAUUUUUUUCUAUCGUGUCUCAACAAAUGUAUAAUUGUCAGUGUAAGUCUGAGCUCACUGCUGGGCACUGAGACAUAGGAGAAACCAUUAGCUGUGGCCAGUGUUGGCUUAACAACCCUUGAGCAAGAACCACGGCCUUCUGAUGUAAAGCUCCCUGUGAGCCAGUGCAAGAUCAGAGACCUUCCCUUCCCGCUCACGUCACAGUUCGUAGCUUUUAACAACCCUUUUUUUUGGUUACAUGUUUACAGCCACCAUUUGGGAAUCUCCCUUCAAACUUGCCUCCUUAUUGACCAAAUUAUCCCGACUGGCUUAUAUCACAUCCUCAAGGUUUCGUUGCCUUUAAGUUACUAAAAACUGAUUUUUUAAGUUUUUUUUUUGCUAAACAAACCUCUUGUAGCUGAGCAGAUCCUCUCCCGCUUUGGUAAAUAGGAUCAGUCUUGUUUUUCUGUUGGUUUGUGAAUGAUUCCAUUCUGAUAAUAUUCUGAGCUCCCCUGAAACCAGUGAAUUUGGUCACUUCAAUCCACGGCUGUUUGUGGGACGCUGCUGUGCGC